GGUCCCCGUUUCCGGCGUCGUCAGGCUGCUGCCUGCACUCUGAACGCCCCCGGCCAGGACGCCGAGGAGGGGCACGGCUGUGCAGACUUCUCCGCUAGCCGAGCCUUCGCCUUUGCUGAGAACGGCUCUGCGAGCUUGGAUCGCUGAGAACUUGCAAUGAUGUAGUAAAGACUACAGAGCAUUUAUUAGAGUGCAGAUCAUCUACAGCAUCCGGGAAUGAAGGAUGGCAGCACGCCGUGCAUUAAAAGCUGUUUUGGUCGAUCUCAGUGGCACACUUCACAUUGAAGAUGCAGCUGUGCCAGGCGCUCAGGAAGCUCUUAAAAGGUUACGUGCUACUUCUGUAAUGGUUAGGUUUGUUACCAAUACGACCAAAGAGAGCAAGCAAGACCUCUUGGAAAGAUUGAAAAAGCUGGAGUUCGAUAUCUCUGAAGAUGAAAUAUUCACGUCUCUGACUGCAGCCAGAAACUUGGUAGAGCAGAAGCAAGUCCGACCCAUGCUGCUGGUUGAUGACCGGGCCCUACCUGAUUUUAAAGGAAUACAGACAAGUGAUCCUAAUGCUGUGGUCAUAGGAUUGGCACCAGAACAUUUUCAUUAUCAAAUUCUGAAUCAAGCUUUCCGGUUACUCCUGGAUGGAGCGCCUCUGAUAGCAAUCCACAAAGCCAGGUAUUACAAGAGGAAAGAUGGCUUAGCCCUGGGGCCUGGACCAUUUGUAACUGCUUUAGAGUAUGCCACAGAUACCAAAGCCACGGUCGUGGGGAAACCAGAGAAAACGUUCUUUCUGGAGGCGUUGCGGGGCACUGGCUGUGAACCCGAGGAGACCGUGAUGAUUGGAGAUGACUGCAGAGAUGAUGUUGGUGGGGCUCAGAAUGCCGGCAUGCGGGGCAUCUUAGUCAAGACGGGGAAAUAUCGAGCAGCAGACGAAGACAAAAUUAACCCAGCUCCUUACUUAACCUGUGAGAGCUUCCCGCAUGCCGUGGACCACAUUCUGCAGCAUCUGCUGUGAACCAUCUGAAGCAACUUGAAAUGCAGCUUUUCAUCGACUGGAAUGAAUCCCUCAACACACUCAGCGCCGGCCUAGACAGACCACUCAGCGCUGCUCACCGGUUAACCCUCUUUUAUUGUGCAGUAAUUAGAAAGAAAGGUAUUGAAUUGCAGCCAGCCACUCAGCCUGGCUAAUCCCUUUUAUUUUGUAAAAGAAGAUGAGAUCCAAAGAAAGGGAAAGCUGAGAUUGAGUGUUCUUUUAAAAUAUUCAUCAGGUUAGCGGGGCUGGAGGAGAGUCUGCCGCAGGGAGCCUCGCGGUCUCUGCCCUCUCCUCACUGGUAAAUUGGUGGGGUUCAGGCUGACUAAAGUUGAAUGGUAUCUUUUUAAGUUAUAAAGUACUGUACUAAAGGGUGCAUUAGGCUGUAGUUUUAACACUGAGUUCAGCUGUGAAAUCUGUCAGAAGGGCCGAGUGGAGAGUACAGGCCAGAAGCAGCAAAAUAAAUUGUCCUCUAGCCCAAGUGAUGGAGUGGAUAUGCUUUCACCGAUGUUGAAAACUAGAUUAGCUACUGUAUUAUUCCCAGCCUGGGUGACUUCUUUUUCUCUUCAUUAACCAGAGAUGACUAAUUUAAAUUUAGAACCUGAUUUUAAUUUAAAAUAAUAUUUCCAUUAAUAACCUAUUCAUUGCAGAUACCUAUUAUACUGUGUAACAGUUGUUUUGGAAAUUUUAUGUAAAAUUAAAACUAUCAGUAUUUCACAGAUGUUUUAAUUAGACAUUGUUAUUAACAGGAACAGUGCAGAAACUAAAAUCAAGCCUUUAAUGUCUUACAGACCAUGCAUUUUUGAGGUUAGUGUCCACCCGGGCCCCAUUAACUGUACGUUUGCAAGAUUUCAUUAUUUUUGCCUCUGACACUGUGGGAAAAAUCCUUCAGAAGCUAUUGGGACAGAUUCAAGCUUUUAUGUACUUGGUUACCACAACUGUAAAAUGAAAUCUCGCCUUGUAACAUGGAUGAUUCUUCUCAUGUUAAACCCACCAAAAUGAAGGGGACUGAGUAGGUAAUGACUUCCCUUGUACAUUUGCAUACGCUGAUGAUCCUGGGCCUUUGCUGGGCUCUUGGGCCCUGGAUUAUCAGCAUGUAAUUGUCCAUCAUCUUGGUGCUCCCCCUACUGAAGCACACAGCGGCGUUGAUGAGCUUCGGGUUUUGAUGCUUGUUUAGAGAUCAGCUUGGUCUUAGGUGGGAGGGGGCGAAGCUGAAUGGCCACUCCCCCUCCUCCUGGCUGUCUGCUGAACGCUGUUCUUACUGUGCAGAUGCCCGGACUUAGUCCUUGCACGUGCCAGAGUGCAAAAGACAGGAGUGCCGGGACACCACCUGGAUGGGGAGGAGGGCUGUGGCAGGGGCACAGAGCCCGGCCAGCACUUCCAGCCCGCCCCUUCCGUGACCCUAGCCACUCCCCAGCCUCUCCUGCCUCCUCUCCCCUCUCGGUAGAGUAACCAUAUGGUGCCUGCCACGCAGGCGUGUUGUGAGAGUUAAACGCACAGCACACAUAUUAAGGGCUUUGAAUAGAAUCAGGCAGAUGAUAAGUGUCCACGUUUGCGAUGAUGACAUGCAGAUAUAGGAGUGUCUGCAUUUAACCAUCUGGGAAAGUUUGGCAGAGUUCAUCUCUAUAGUCAGUUCAGUGGGGAAGGUCUUCCUGAGAAUUUAAAAAAGAGACAUUCUACGAUGUUUGAACUCCUUCAGACCAGAGCUGCAAAGAGGGAGCCCCGCGUGCAAGCAGAGGCUGCUGGUAUGUUCACCUGUGGCCUGUUCCCCAGCACCUGGGACAGCGAUUUCUUGGCCCAGGCGUUCUCAAGUGUUUGCUCGCUGCUGUGUGUGAAGUGCCUGCUAGGAAAUAAGUGUAUAAGAGAAGGAUCUGGCCUGGAGGGCCAAGGAGGAUGCCCAAGGCAGUGUGAAGAUCCUGUGUCCCUGUCCUGUGACAUGGUCCUGCCUGCAGAAUGGAGGAAGUGUCCCCUCCUUCAUGCCGAGCGCUUGAUUACACUUGGACCUUCACGCGUCUCCUCUCCCCACCAGACAGGACUGUGUCUGCUACAGCACGGAACAGGCACUCAGGCAGUCAGUCACCGGACCAAUCAAACUUAGCUGUAAAUAUUACAAGAAUUUAAUGCUACAACGUGUCGCUGGUGGGUAGGGAGAAGAAAAUAAGUUUCAUUUUAGACUUGCUGUCCAUAGAAGAGGCCCAUUAGACACUUAAGUAAUGGCUCUGACAGUCUGGGGACAGGUUAGAGCUAAAGCCACACAGUAGACAUGACUGAUAGGUGAGUGGCCCGAGAGGGUAAGAUGCCGUGUGCACCCAGCCCCGCCAAGAGAAAUGGCUGCUCCACUUUCCUCCACUCUCACGUGGCCCUGGAGGCCAUUCAAACCCUAGUUUACCGUUUUAUUUAACAGACGUUAUAGAGGGCUUUCUAACUGACCUGUCCACAGUGUGAAGUCUGUGAGGAUAAAUAGAAAUCUUGGUUUAGGUUGAAAUUACUAGAAACAUUCCCAGCUCAGCCUGUUGGUCUGUGUUGGGCCUCAUGGAGGAGAUUUAAUAACCAAGGUAUGUAAAGGACUUUAUUUUCCAGCCAUUACACUUCAAGGACUGUCUUUUGGUACUGACCCCAAGGAUAGUGUUUGUAUCAGCUUUACUGUAAUCCUGUCCUAGCCCCAGAAAGGGACCAAGUGACCCCUUAGGACUAGAAGGGGCAUUAGAGAACAUCCACUGUCGGGAGGUGGUUAUUGCACAUCUGCCGUGAGCCAGGUGCGUGCUUGGUGUGAUGGGCGAACUGUGAUGUCUCCUGGAGGAGACAACAGUUGUGCCCACUUCACACUCACCAUCCAGAAUCAGCUCGUUCUGCAAUGACUCUGCGUACCCACCAUUCCACCCCUCCCAGAGCAGAUCAUGAUGCCCCGAAAAAAGGGGACUUGCCCACCUCCUUCAGCAAUGGCUCCAUCAAACACCUAUGGCUGUGGAUGUCACAGACUCCCCUGGAGUGACAGUUGUCGUCCCCUAACCCUAAUCCCACAUUGAAAAAUUACAGGAGUGAAUUGUACAGGAAAGUCAGAUCACACCUGUGUUGAUGAUGUUCAGUUGGUGUUGGAUCACUGGUGGUUCAUGUAGGAUGAAACUCAAGUCCUUGGGUACCUAUAAUAAAGAAUUUUUAAAACUGCA